ACGCUGAAGCGUAGACGGGCUUGUCUCCGUUGCUGCCCCGCUGUAGCAUCGAUUCCUUUGAACUCGCCAUCUCCUUGCAUCGCUUUGGCCAUGGAUGCGACCACCGCCUUCUCUAUGGCGGCGUUGAACGCCGCCCUGCCCUCUGUCCCCUCCUCCAAGACCAGAAGCACACGCGUCUGUUCACGCGCGGCCUCUGGAGUGGACCUGAGGCGAAGCGCUUCCGUAUCGCUGAAGCCAAUGACCGCGACGAAGUGUGUUGGAUUCCAGCCCUUUGAUGGGCUCAGGAACCAAAAUGCGUUGCAGCUGCGUGCUGACGUCAAUUUGGGUGUAAUGGGUUUAGGAAUCAGCAAUGGUGCCAAGUGGUUUGCGAUGAGACACGGCCGCAAAAUUCACCGCCUCGGCAGGCCUGCUGACCAGCGACGCGCUCUUCUCAGAGGUCUAACCACCGAAAUUCUCCGUCACGGUAGGAUCAAAACUACUCGCGCUCGCGCCACUGCCAUGCGCAAGUACGUCGACCACAUGAUCACUCUUGCGAAGGGAGGUUCUCUUCACCAGAGAAGGCAAGCCCUAGGCUUUCUUUACGAUAAGCAGUUAGUGCACUCACUAUUCGCUGAAGUGCCUGAAAGAUAUGGUGAGAGAAACGGUGGAUACACACGGAUCAUUCGGACAAUGCCACGAAAGGGUGACAAUGCACCGAUGGCAUUCAUUGAGCUUGUGUAGGGUAUUUUUUAUUUAUACUUUUAUAAUUUUUUUAACUUGUUCAAUUUUGCAUGUACUGAUGCCUAUGAAAUCUAGAUCUUCUAGACAUGCCCAUUUUUUAUUCUCUUU